AUGGCCAAUAAAACUGCCAUUCUCAUUUGUGUGCUAGUUUUUGUGAUUGGAUGUAGCAGCAUGCAAGGCAGUGAAGCAAUCUCAGCAUGCGCCAAGCCAUGCAUGCCAGUCUGCAUGAAGGAGGAAGGGGCAAGCAUUCCCAUCUGUGAGAUUGCCUGUGAGAACUAUUGCAAACAGAUCUCCGGCAACCGGAAUUCGGAGUGGAAUCGGUAUCGCAACCUUUGA